AUGACAACAACACCGCCGCCCCCCAAAAUGAGCCGCCUCACCACACCCCCCUCCACCACACACACGCCCUACCUCCUCCCCUCCUUCUCCGGCGAGCUCUGGACAAUCCCCACCUCUAACUCAGUGAUGCGCCUCCUCGUCACCGGCAAAGAGACAGCCAACGCCUUCGCGAUCGUCAGUACGGGCGGAACAUACGAUAAGCCGAUCGGGUUCCAUUUCCAUCGCGAGGCGCAUGAUGUGUUUUUGUGUUUGCGGGGGAGCAUGAAUGUUUGGGCGGAUGAGAAGGCGAGGACGUUGGGGGAGGGGGAUUUUGCUAGUGUGCCGCCGACCACAAUCCACCAAUACCAAGUCACCUCCUCGCACAGCGAAUUCAUCGGCCUCAUCAUCCCCGGCGGCUGGGAAGAAUUCUUCCGCUUCAUCGGCGAGCCGUACACGGGACCCCUCUUCCCCACCACCGACAAGCGAAAUCCCUUCGAAGUCCUAGUCCCCAAACUCAUCGCCGCAACAGAACAAUUCGACAUGGUCCCCGUCCGGGAAAAAGCCCAUUUCGACCCUCAACCUUGGGACCCUGAAACGGAUGAGAAGUUACCGGGAAAGUGUGAGAGGGGAGGAUAUUUCUUGAGGAGUGGGAAGGGGGAGAAGUACGUGGUGGGAGGCACGGUCGUUAGGCCUCUUGCGACGAGGAGGGAGUCCGGGGGACGGUUUAGUAUCUAUGAGGUUCAGGGGACGAGUCUGUUUGUGGAGGAGUCGCAGGUUGGGAAGUUGAGGUUUGAGAGUACGCAUCAUGCGCUGUUUGUGGUGGAUGGGAGUGUGAGGUUGGUGGUUGAUGGGAAGGAGGAGGUGGCGACGCCGAAUGAGACGGUUUUCGUGCCGGCUGGGUCGGAGUGGACGGUUCAGCCGGAGAGUAGGUUUGCGAGGUGGUAUGUUUUUGCUAAUGGUGGGGGGAUUGGGGAGGUUUUGGCGAGUGUGGGGAUUGCGUAUGAGUUGCCUGGGGUGCCGGAUGAGGCGGUGGGGUUUGAUGGGGGCAAGGUGAAAGGGCAGGAAGGAGAGUUGGGAUUUGUGGUUGGUUAG